AUGUACGAAGCCAUUUUAUACCUGCUACUCGUGGCAGGCAGCGUCUGCUUCCUGACACCGCUUGUCAGAUAUUUCAAUGACCCUCUCGACUUACGGAAGUACCCAGCAGCCAACAUCUUGGCCGCUAUUACACCUCUGUGGCUAGUGAAAGAGACUUGGAAUCAAAAGAGGUCUACGACAAUCCACCGGCUGCAUCAGAAGCUCGGUCCCAUUGUCCGCAUUUCCCCCGAUCAACUCGUGUUCAAUGACCCCAAAGCUAUUCCCGAGAUAUACGGGCAUCUGCAGGCUCGAAAGUUCGAGAAAGACGUGUUUUACGACAAUCUCUCAGCUGGAGGCUUGCACGACAUCGUCACCUCCCGCAACCAUGACGAACACUCGCGUAAGCGAAGGUACCUUGCGAAUUCCUUCGCCCACAAGACUGUCGUCGAUAUGGAGCCUGUCAUCCGGGAGAACUUCCAGAGGCUGCUCCACCGGAUCGACGAUGCCCUGGGCCCGAUGAAUAUCCGUCUUUGGUUAAACUACUUCACCUUGGAUGUGAUCGGAGACAUGGCCUACGGAUCACCUCUGGGCUUCCUAGAACAAGGCCACGACAGAUUCAUGGCUGUGACGGCGGACGAUCAUGUCUACAGUGUCAAGUCAACCAUUGAUACGCUGCACCGUGGAACUCGUUUCUCCGUGACUCUGGCACAGUUUCUGUCUACUGCCACUGUUCUGACCUGGAGAUUAGUCCUUUCGUGCGCCAACUUUGCCUACAUACUCCCCAAUCCCAAGGACGCCGACGACUUUACCAAUAUCGCCAGGUAUCAGCUCCAAAAGCGGCUUGAUAUUGGAGAGCCUGGUCGAAGCUCGAGGGACUUUAUGAGUGGUAUCCUGUCGACUAAGGGAGGAGAGAAGAGAGACAUUUCGCGUGCUGAGCUGGUCGCCGAGUCGGUGGUCUUUCUGAAUGCCGGAUCAGACACGACGGCCGCUGCUCUCACAAACACGCUUUAUUAUCUUCUCACAAACCCGCAGUGUCUCUCGACCUUGCGGCGUGAAAUCGACCAAUUGGUUCACGACGGUGAUGACGGAAUCUUACCACACGCUUCUGUCCGGGACCUUCCAUAUCUCCGGGCAUGCAUCGACGAGAGCUUGAGGUUGCGGCCGCCCAUCGCGUACCCGCUUCAGCGAGUCGUGACGGCUCCUGAGGGCGCGACGGUUCUUGGCCAUCACCUGCGAAAGGGCACUGUGGUCGCUGUGCCACCCUUCUCCGUCCACCGGCACGGCAUAUUCCCAGACGCAGAGGCAUUCGUCCCGGACCGGUGGCUAGAUCCAUCCCAGCUUCAGGAUCUGAAAGCCUACACCAUCCCUUUCAGCACCGGCCCUCGGGCUUGUCUGGGUAGGCACAUCGCCAUUGUUGAACUUCAGAUCUUGAUCGCCACUCUAGUCUGGAGUCCAAUCCCGGCCCUAUGCAUGUGGUUUUCAGACGUCGACAGUGUCAGUAGUGUCCGCCAAAAGGGCAUGAUUCACAACGUUACCGGCAUGCGUUGA